UUGACAUUCUUGACAAUUGACAGUGACAUUUAGUUAUUUAUUUGGAUUUUGUAUACUUUACUUUGUGGGUUUGAUCAAAAAAUAUAUCAUUUUCAAAGAAAUAUUAAUUUUUUUACUGAAAAUAAUUAAAAAGUCGCUAAAAUGGACGAUGAAGCUGAUUUGAAAAAAAUGAUAGAAGUGUUACGAUGUAGCAAAGAAGAGCGUACAGACGACUUUCAAUAUCAAGAAUUUAUAAACUUUGAGGAUAGUGAUGGAGAGGAGGAUGAUGAUCAAUCCACUACUGCCCAAGAUUAUGAUUUUGAGAAAACUUUUACCCUCGAUAUCUCCACAUUAUACAAAUACAAUCCGACAUCGACUCUCCAAACUGAUGAAAAAGCUGUAAUAGAUUCCUGUACAGAAACAGAUUUAAAAAAAAUACUUAUGCUUAAUCGACAAAAGAACAUGCAACUCAUCCAAAUGUACAAAAAAUUCAAAGACCUUCUGAUAGAAUGCAAACAAAACAUAUUGGAGAAAAAUGAAAUUGUAAAACAGCAUUAUGCAGCUUUUAAGACACAGAGACAAUCAUCAGGUUCCUGGAGGGUAUGUGCACCAUAUUUUAAAGACAAAGGCUUUUAUGUGAGCCCUCCAAACAGUGACACUAUAAAAAAGAAAAACAAUAAAGAAUUAUCUUGUUAUGACCUGAUGCCACUAAAAAAGUGGACUCAAUAUGAAUGUAAUAGACUUAUCGGUGCUGUUAAACUAAACUAUAAUGCCAAUGUUGUAUUUCAACUCAAGAAAACUGUGAGGUUGGCUAAGGUCGAUGAAAUGACAGAAGAGCAAAAGGAAGAACUAAAGGCAAUGAAAUUAAAGUUGAAUAAAUUAAGUAACGCAAUGAAUUUUGAGAUUCCUCCAUUAGGAUCUGAUGAAAACAUUAAUUGGAUAAGGGUAGCAGAAAUUUUUAUCAGAGAUAAACAUUCAGAUUUUGAAUGCCGAGCCUUUUGGCAUAUAUUCCUGCACCCUUCGAUAACCAAAGGCGCCUGGAAACAGGAGGAAAGCAAGAAAUUACUGGAAUUGGCGAAAAAAUAUAAAAAUCAAAACUGGGAUCUGAUCGCUAAAGAAUUGGGCACAAACAGGACUUGUUUUUCAGUUGCUACUCACUUUUUUUCGAAUUUGUAUAGCACUCUUAGAAAAGGCGAAUUUACUUACGAAGAGGACAGGAAACUUUUGGAGUUGAUCCGCAAAUAUAGAGUUGGUGAGCAUAUACCAUGGGUAACAAUAGUAAGGCAUUUUAAAAACAGAACACGUUGUCAAUUGCAUCACAGGUUUACCUACUAUUUGAGCCAAGUAGACAAAAGAAAAGGCAAAUUUUCCGAAGCCGAAGACGUAAUGAUUUUAAUAACUACCGAUAAAUAUGGCACAAAUUAUCGAAAAUGCUCCGAAUAUUUACCCGAGAGGUCCAUCAACCAAAUAAAAGGACGAUACACUUCGAACUUGAGAGGAGACUUGAAUAAAUUUUUAUGGAGCGUAGAAGAUGACAAAGUAAUUAUGGAACACGCGCAAACGUACGAAAAACGAGGUAAUUCUUGGGAAGCGAUUACCAGCGUACUCAAAAGAUCCCGAGGUCAAAUUAGGCAGCGGUACAUUGUGGUUAAAAAUUUUUUGGAUAAGAAUCCUGGUUCUACAGUCAAAGACGUUCCUAGAAGGAAGCACCUACAUAGAUAUGAUCAUAAUUAUAUUACAGUUAGGAAAGUAGCAGACCACUUUUUAUCAAAAAAUCUAGAGCAAUUACCGUCUAUGGAGGAAAUCGAAGAGGUCCUAGAAAUGUUUCACUUCAACCCAGCGUCGAUCGUUCCAAAAUCCGAAUUCUACGAAAACAGAGAACCUCACAAAAACGUGGACGAGUUGCUGACUGACUUCUUUUGCAAUAGCCACAUGCAAUGGGGCAUCGUUCUAAAUUCCGACAAUCUAAAACGAGCAGUAGACGAAGUCGAAACAUUGCUCGACAUUCUACACGUGAAUUUGGUCAUACCGGAUACGCUCACCGAACCCACUUUAGAUUACAUAGACGUGACGAUUUUGGGAGAGUUGAGGAAAAGGAAGUACUCGCUCGAGCCGAAUAUCGAUAAAGAAGUAAAACUGUUGAUACCGCCAAGUUUUCACACGACUACAGCGAUGCGAAGCAUGCUGGUCAACUAUCUGCAUUACAAAAACGAGAAAAUCGCCAAGAAACGUGUGUUACCUUUCAAAAGCGAAAGAAUAUUCGGCAACUUCGAUAUAUACCAAGGCGCCAACAACAGCGCUAAGAAAUCGAUAUUACAGGAAUUGUCGGAUUUGUCGGAAUCGGAGCUCGCGUUGAUACAGGCUGAUAGAGAUCGGUUUUAUCGUCGGUUCCAGUCGUUGUUCAUGUGGCCGGCCGUUCUGACUGUGGAACCGCCGAACGCGGAGUUCGUCAGCAUCGUCGAAAAUAUCAAUGCCGACCCUGUUCGACCGGCGGUCAAGAGAACCUACAGCAAAAAGAAGAAUAGCGAUAUCGAACAAGCCAACAAGGUUAGAAUAUUGGACGAAAAGCAAGUGUUGAAAUUAACUCCAGUUACAGAUAAAAGCGUAAUCGUCAAUUUACUGAAAGACAACUCGAAGAAAUUAUUCUCCAUGGAUAAAGUUCAGUGUGGAAAGGAAACGAAAACGCUCAUCAAAGAAGUGGAUUUGGAUUUUUUGGGAAGACAGGAGGCCGACAAGGAAACUACUAGCGUUAAACCGAAAGCUGUCGAAAAAAUAAGAACGUAUUGGCAGAAAGCGACUAAUGUCAAUUGUGAAAAUGCCGGUACGUCGAGAUAUGUAGCCGAUAACGACGUUAUGAAAAUUACGAAAUCUGAUGUUGAUAUUAGUUUCAAUGAAAUUGAUGCAGAUGACGACCUCAUGGACCUUGACAAAUUGACCAACUUUAUAAAACUGGAAAAAAGUGGCCAUUGAUGCAACUACCCAAGGAUUUAAAACGAUUUAAAAUAAAUGACGCUGAAAAUGAGGAUGCCAAGUGAAUUUUAUGU